AUGGCCUCGGAAGAAUCGCUGUUCGGCUCGUCCAUGGACGGGCUGCCGGCCUUCUUCACCAACGGCAGCGUGGACGACACCAAGUAUGAGUCGCUGCUGGCCGACCUGCGCGCGCACGACCUCCUGGGCCCCGUGGAGAGCGGCGCCAAGGCCAGCGACGCCGGCGGCUCGUCGCUCUUCUUCAACGACGCGUUCUCGGCCGUGUUCAUGGGCAACUUCCAGUCCGGCGCAGCUCCGGCAGGCAACAAGCCCAGUGGAGGCGCGGCCGGCCGCGCGCCGCCCGGUCUGAGCGCUCCGCCUGGACUGGCCGCGCCCUCGGAAGACCUCAAGUGGGCCAGAGGCCAGCAGGAGUUCUCCAGACUCGAGGAGAAGUUCUACGGGUCGACGGCCGACAAGACGGCGGCUUCAACUGCCGGUGGUCGCGCCGCGCCGCCUGGGUUGAGCCUCGAACAGGACUCUGAGCUUGACGAGAGCCAGGUGCCUGGUCUUCGUGGACUGGGGCUUGAUGACGACGACUCGGUCGUGGAUGCGGUGCCCCCGCCGUCCAAGCAGACACCGCCUCCCCUUCCGCAGGCUCCUCCGGUCCCGGCACCUCCGAUGCCUCCCAUGCAGAACGCCCAGCCGCCGAAUGCGUGGGGUGCGCCGCCGAUGGCUCCUCCUAUGUCGCCUCCCAACCCGCAGCAGCAGCAGCAGAUGCAGUACAUGCCGCCUCCUCCGCCACAAAUGCAAGGCCGGCCUCCGCACCCGAUGCACAUGCAGGGUCCUCCGAUGCCCCCUCCGCCGCAGGGAAUGUAUCCUCCUGGCCCGCCGACCCCGCAGUUCUACGGGCGUGGCCCGCCGCCUCCUAUGCGCCCGCCCUUCCCUGGACCCCCGGGAGCGUUCGGACGCAAUGGAAUGCCUCGCCCUCCUCCGCAAAUGCAGCCGCCUGCGUUCAAGAUGAUGACACCGCGUGACGUGAACUUUGUGAUGCAGCAGCAGAUGAAGUGGCUGCGCUCGAGCGACCCAUUCAGUGACGACUACUACUUCCACAACUACAUGCAGAAGCGCGCGCGUGCUGGCGUGCCCGGCCGCCCGUCGGUCCCGCUUCCGUCGUGGAAGCUCCAGCACGUCAAGUCAGUGGACCCGCGCGAUGUGCAGCGCGAAGUCAAGUCUCGCAACUGGGAGUCGGAGUACCAUGUCCUCGGACGCAACGCCAAGAGCAGUUUGUACCGGCCGAAGCAGCUGCUCAACCUUGCAGGCAAGGAGGAAACGACCUCGCCGCCGGCUUCGUCGCCGACGAAUGCCGCGGAUCCGGAACGCACGCCUUCCAGUGGUGGCGAGGAAGAGGCCACGUCUUCAGCGCCCGCGGCGGCCGAGUCGAGCAGCGAAGCUGCCAGCCCUAAGCACGUUCGCGGCUCAAGCCCCGGUGCCCAGGCUGUCGCUGCCGAAGCUCAAGCUGCCAAGGUCCUUCGCAUGAGUGACGAUGCCGGCAAAAACUCCGUGUUCGCGAACGAUACCUGGAAGCUGCGUCUCCAACUUGAUCGCGGUAUGCAGUGCCUGCUGUCGCUGCAGGACGCUCGCCACUUGCUCGAUGCGCGUGGCAUCAAUGUCCAGCAGUUCCACUCGAUGAACGAGGACGAGAUGGACCCUGCGCUUGUUGAGCUGCGCUCGCGCACUACGUCGCUGCUGAUUGAGCUAGCGGGUCUGCUCGGUGUGAUUGUUACGCAGCCGGCCGAUGCUGACAGUGAAGCUGCUUCUCGUGGCGUCAUGAGCUGUGAUGUCCAGCAACUUCAGAGGAUGCUGACGGCGACGAAGGGGAAGAUGCUGGUGAGUCGCGCGCUGCCGUUGCUGCACCCCUCGGCUCGGUUUGUGUUGCUUCCUCACCUGGUGGAUCACCUCCUGUCCGGACGGACUGACGGCGGUCGCCAAAAUGAUGUCAACGAUGCGGGUGAUGACCGCCUGUGCCAGACGCUGGUGCUCAUGCUGCUGUAUGUCCCGCCUGCCCCGCCCGCCGAGCUGCUGACCGAAUGCCUGCAGCGGGCACUGAGCGGCCACGACGUGCAGUCGCUGUCCAUCGUUCUGCACAACCGCGCGCGUGCUGAGUCGCUUCAGGCCCUGCUGCAGCGUGGCGGGUCAGCCGUCCAGCAGUUGGCAGAAGCGGAAGGAGCCAACGCUGAGCAUGCAAACAGUGUCAAGCAGCAGUGGGAGCACCACCAGGGUGUGUUCGUGCAGCUUGCCACCGCCAUCAAGCAGGCGGCUUAA